AUGAUGCCACGUAUUUUGCCAGAAGCUAUAGCUCUCAAAACCAAUCAUACUCUAAUUCUCAAGGGGGAUCACCUAGUCAAAAAUUCUCUCCCCCAUCUUCAGGGAAAGAAAGAUACUGAUCUGAGAGUAGAACAGAGGUGGCUAGUACAAACAGGAGAGCAAAGGGAUAAGUCUGCACCACAAAUCAGUACAGCCAAUAAAGCCUCCUCGGCCACUGUACCUCUCCUGGUGGGAUCAUCUUCAGGGACCAUCAAGCUCUCACAGAAACAAGUAGAGAAUACAGAAAAGGAAAUUGAAGGUGAAAUGGAAGUGGAGGAAGAGGAAAAUUCUUUGCCAAUUGGAGAAGAAAUGGGCGAGGAGGAAGCUAUCAAUAUCAGCAGUAAGCAAGGUGAAACAAGAACAUGGAAGAGAAACCGUAAACAAGAGAGCAGACCCAAAAGCACUCAAGCAAGCAAAGGAAGUGAAGAGUCUCCUUCUCAGCCAAAGAGAGGGAGACAAUCUGGGUCAAAGUCUUGCAGAGACAUAGACAUCACUUCCGAAAAGAAGUCAGAGAUGGAGCUAACACUAGGCUGGGAGCUGAUCCUUGGGUCCCAGGAAUUCAGUCUGUCAUUACUAAACCUAUCAACCCUGCUGAGACCCAGUUGCAUUGGGUGA